AUGACACGUUCAUUUGAGUGAUAGGCUAUACCUUAACCAAAAUCUCGGUUUUUGUCAUUUGGACAAAUAAUUUGAGCGGUUCUGUUUAGAAACUUUCACGGAAAACGGUCUCAUACGGAUAUGUGAGUCAUUUCUCUGAGAUAUUCUGUAAGGCUUGUCAUGCAACGUCCAGGCGUUUGCGUACAUUUACAUAUUUUUGGGACGCUCGGGAAAUAUUUCCGUUAGCAAUAUUAUUCUACGUUCGUCUACAUACACGGUUUGUUUCACCAUACUGAAAAAGAAGUUGAAUGAUAUGCGCGCGACGGGCGCGUGAAUGUCGCUUACGUUAAUGUAGCCGUCUUAUCGCUUCAUUGGCGUUAAUGAUAUGUGCUGUGAAAACGAAAAUAUACAUAUCAAGAUAACACUGUGAUUUUUUUUUUUUUUAACAAAAUAUGAAACAUGCCAGCAUGCCAGAAAGGUUCUGGGGCAUAUUAUGCUAUGGUAAGAUCUUUGACCAACAUUUUCCUACGGCAUCCAAUGCAAACGUUUCACCCUUUCAAUAAUUUUGACUAACUGGUGAAAACUCAAGGAACUCGCGCGUUAAUCAUGAUGAAAAAGACAUCAUAACGUUCGGGCUUCAUUCUCCAAUAACGUUUACUGAGCCGAAGAAUUUUAGUGGUGCCUUAGAAAUGAAUGAUGAUGGAGGCAGACAACGCGGAGAGCUGGUUUUCUCUGUCUCAAAACGGAACCACACCGUUGAACGCCUCGAACCUGGAUUUCCUAAAUGCGUCGUCUCCAGUGAGUCUGUGGGGCGAUGCUCAGGAUAAAGAGGUGACACGACUGGAGGAGAUUCUCCACGCACAUGAGAGAGCAUACAGAGAUUUCACCACCACCAUUCAAGUUUUCAUCCUCAUUGGCUCCCUUUUGGGCAAUGCUGCAGUGCUAUGGUGCACCUGUUACACCAAUGUCUUUAAAACGGUCACAAAUCUUUUCAUCAAGAACCUGGCCUGUUCUGGCAUAUGUGCUGGGUUGGUGUGCGUGCCAUUUGACAUUGCUUUGAGUGCCAGCCCCCUGUGCUGCCUAUGGGUCCACACACUCCUGCUGUGUAAGGCCAUCAAGUUCCUACACAGGCUUUUCUGCUCUGUCACUGUGCUUAGCUUUGCUGUCAUCGCCAUGGACAGGUACUACUCUGUGUUGUAUCCACUGGAGAGAAAGAUAUCAGAUGCCAAAUCCAGAGACUUGGUCAUCUACAUCUGGGUGCAUGCAGUGGUGGCCAGUGUCCCUGUUUUCGCUGUUAGCAAUGGGACUGAUGUCUACGCCACCUCUUCUUGUUCUGAUGACCAAUCAAUCGGACAUCUGGUUUACAUGGUCACUUACAACGUCACCACACUUAUUUUACCACUAGCAGUGGUAUUUCUCACCAUGGCAUUAAUUCGCCGUGCACUAAGCUCCAGCCAAAAGAAGAAAGUAAUCAUUGCGGCCUUGCGCACCCCUCAGAACAGCACUUCUAUCCCAUAUGUGUCUCAACGUGAGGCUGAACUCCAUGCCACUUUGUUGUCCAUCGUCCUAGUUUUUUCACUCUGUAGCACCCCCUACACUGCUCUGGUGGUAUAUCACACAGUGACGGGGGCUACAAAAGCCUCAUCUUGGUUACAACUGACUGCUGUGUGGCUACCAAAGGUCUCUCUUCUCACCAAUCCACUGUUUCUUCUCACAGUAAACCGCUCAGUCCGGCGUUGCCUACUCGAUAUUCUAUCACGCCUGCAUCGUCGUUAUAGCCGAAGGAACAUGGUCAGCAUUGGAGGGCUGACUGAAGUUGGGGCAACGGGGGAUGAGACGGUGGCUCGCUCUGGAAGUCAGCUUCUGGAGAUGUUCAAUAUCGGCCAACAGCAGAUCUUCAAACCAAAUGAAGAUGAAGAAGAUGAGAAUGAAAUUUCCUUAGUGGGCUCUGCCAACAUCCAGCCCAAAGAUGAAGGACAGGGUGGAACUGGGAGGACAGGAGAGGUGGCAGGGGAGUUUCGUCAACAGCAGUCUGUGGAUGGGGUUAAAGAAGAUGGCCUAGAGUUACUAAAUCAUUCCCCUAUUCAGUCUUGUGCCUACUCCUCUUCACAGGUUGCUCCAGCUACACCCACAGACCCUGAGGAUGCCACUCAGUUCGGUUUUGGACCAUUUGAGCUGCCUCCUCAAUGGCUGCCUGAAACCAGGAACAGUAAGAAAAGACUACUGCCCCCUCUGGGUAACACACCAGAGGAGCUGAUUCAAACGAAGCAGCCAAGAGUGCGCCCUGAGAGACGUAUCAGUAGGAACAAUAAAGUUAGUACCUUCCCUAAUGUGGACCCAUAAAAUACAGUCAAGAGUACAUAUGUACCAAAUCAUAAAAUGCCAAGAAAAAACACCUUUUUUAGUCAGUUUUAUAUCUAAUUUAAUUUUAGACCAUUUACUUUUUAUUAUUUUUGGGUAUCCACUGUUUUCCUGACCAAUCACUGGGCUGCACCAUGAUAAUUCUUGCCACUGGACUGUUUUUUUGUUCCAGUCUCCAUAAGAAGCAAUGUAAAAACAACCGAAACUAGCAAUCCAGAUGGAGAACAACAACCAUUUUAAGAAGAUAGUUCGGGUAAAAACUUGUGCAGUUGUUGGCUGCAAAAACAACUUGAAGUAGUUAAUUCAACGUAACUAACCUUGGGCCAUCACAUCAUGUCAUCUCCCCACUCCUUAACUUUGAUGGAUGAAGCACUGUCAAAAGAAAAGACAGUCAUCCUGACUCUGUAAAGUAUCGGCACUUCAGAGCCACAUGCUUUUUUAUUUGGCAAAUUAUAAAAAAAUGUAAUACGCUAAACAUCACAUUAUCCACUAGAAACAAAUGCUGAAGCGAGUGUAAACACGGGAGACCCGAAAACGACAACAGGCUUCCGUUAUGAAUUUUUGAGCACUUCCACAUUUAAGAAAAAGGUGGAAAGAGAAGCAGUAGAUUUGACAUUUUCUCUUGUUUUUAUCUUUUUGGGCAAGUUCCUCUCCAUGUACUGAUAAACAACUGAACUGACAGAAUAGGACACUGAUCUUCCACAGGAAAUGCAAGAAACAACAACAAAGGCAUGGAUUGUAUAACAUUCAAUUUGUUGCAAUGGUGAAUAAAAUUAACCCCAAAUAAUUUCUAUGUAAAGAUGUCUAUGCUGUUUUGAAUUUGAACUUGAUCUGGUCUACGUGACAUGCCAUGAUCUAUCUUAAAUAAACUU